AUGGAAGUCACCACUGCGUAUGUGCCCUUGAAUAAUGUCAAUGAAGAAGAGGUGCUGUUCGUUUACGAGCCUGUUGCGCCAGUCAUCCUCGAACCAGUUCAGUAUUCUGUCUCACGUUCGGAGCCAAAUUGCACUGAAAUGCGUGUGGAGUAUGACGCCUUGCCGAAACCGGAAGUCGAUUGGAUGAAGGAUGGCCUUUUGCUCACACCAUCCUCGAAAAUUCAGAUAUCCACCGGAAACGAUGAAAGCACCCUACGUAUUAUGGACACCAAUUCGGAGGACUGCGGCAAGUACGAAGCAGUAGUCCGCAACAUUGCCGGCUCAGCACGUGCAACCGUAAACUUUGAUCCAAAGUGA